GACCUUUUAACCCCAUGGUCACCUUGAACAGUGCUGUCUCAAAUAUCAUCUCCUGCUUAAUAUUUGGACAACGCUUUGAGUAUCAUGAUGAAUGUUACCAAAAAAUUCUGCGUCUUGAUACUGAAUGCAUUCAGUUAACAGGCUCUCCUAGAGCACAGCUGUAUAAUGUCUGUCCUUGGCUCUUGGAAUAUUUACCUGGCCCCCACCAGACUAUUUUUUCCAACUAUAAGCAAAUAACAGACUUCCUGAGAGGAGAGAUCAUUAAACACAAAGAGGUCUGGGACCCUUUAAACCCACGUGACUUAAUAGACAACUACCUGACUGAGAUGGAAAAGAAAAAGAGUGAUCCUGAGGCUGGUUUUAACAUUGAAGGGUUAGUAGUGACUUGUCUAGACCUGAUUGAGGCCGGGACAGAAACCGCAACUACAACAUUGCGCUGGGGUCUGCUUUUUAUGAUCAAGUUCCCAGAAAUCCAAGAAAAGGUCCAGGAAGAGAUAGACAGGGUGAUUGGACAGUCGCGUCAACCCUGUUUGGCUGAUAGAGUUAAUAUGCCCUACACUGAGGCUGUUAUCCAUGAGAUACAAAGAUUUGGAGAUGUUGUUCCACUGGGAUUCCCUAAAAAAGCUGUUAAAGACACAACACUAAGAGGAUACUUCAUUCCUAAGGGCACCUCUAUUACAAUAAACCUGUCUUCAGUCCUGCAUGAUCCAAACGAAUGGGAAACCCCAGACACCUUUAACCCAGGACACUUCCUGACUGAAAAUGGCCAGUUUUGGAAGAGAGAUGCCUUCAUGCCAUUUUCAGCAGGUAAGCGAGCAUGUUUGGGAGAGCAGCUGGCUCGUCAGGAGCUCUUCUUAUACUUCACCUCCCUGCUGCAGCAAUUCACCAUCUCCAAAUGUCCAGGAGAGGAACCCAGUUUGGAGGGAGAGAUAUGGUUCACAUAUGCUCCUGCUCCCUACCGUAUGUGUUUGUCCUCACGUUAGAGCAGUGGUUCUCAAACCUCUCCAUGAAGUACCCCUAGCACUGCACAUUUUG